GGCGUCGUCAGUCAGUUCAGAGUGAAACGUGUGUUCGUGCAGAGAACAUCUCUUCUGUUCCUGUGACUGUUAGUUUACGUUGUAACGUGUAACGUAUCUCAGUGUAAUGGUCAUGGCCGGUGGACAGAUCUGUCUUCUCGUACCCAACGUUCCGACGAACCUCGUUGACAAGAUCUGUCCGACACGACGUUCCACGGGGACGAUACCUGUCCCUAGGUGUCUCUUCGGACGUCCAGAUCCCGCGGAGAACAAACGUCUCUUCGAGGAGUUCCUGCAGAAGGAGAGAGAGAGGGCGAAGAAGCGAUGGGGAGUCGACCUAGACGACUUGGAAGCCGCGAUAGAGAAGGCCGCAAAGAAGCAAAGGCCUGAAAUUUUAAUUCCUGAAGAAUCAAGAAUACCUGAAGUUCCUGCUGACGUUGAAGACAGGCUUUCUCCUUCAGGGAUUGAGGAGAAGACGUCGUGUCCCGAGGCACCCUUCAAGAGGUCCACGAUCUGCAGGAAACCUUGCGCAAACUUCCAGAAGAGAGUGAGAGCCGCCGGGAACCUCAAGAGACAAACCCACCUUACAGAUUUUUGGAGGGCAAGGAAAUCCGUCUCUUUCGUCUUCGGCAAAAACAAGAGUCGCACCAUCAGCCUUCAGAGUCUCAAAGAUCUUCUGGAACCCUCAAAACUGGACUAAAAUCUCUAGUCUUCUGCAGAAGCCUCCAACCCUCGUAAACCUUGAAUAACAUCAUCACUAUUAUACACAAACCAUGUGUUGGCUAAGAUAAAAAUAAGAUAACUCAGGGUGAUCACUACUGAUAAAAACUGUAAUAUAACAAAAAUAAGACUAUUCUUGUUAUAAAUUCUAGUUGUAAGGAAAGUGUUCAUAAAAAAUAUGCUUUACUGCCUUGAAAUAAUACACAAUUUUAUUCAAAUUGUGUAUUAUUUUGACGCAAAUGUAAAUAAUACUUAACCUUAUAAGAAUAUUUUACUGUCUGUAUAUAUUUGUUAAAAGACUCCACUAUUAUUGUAACUUUAACUCUUAACCAUGUAUUUGUUCCUUUGUAGGUUUUAUGAUUGGAAAAUUUUAAAUUGGUGUAGUUAGUGAAAAGAUAUAACUAUGAAUUCAGAAGUAUUUAACUUUUGUUUUGUUUUUUGUGGUUUUAACAUCAUUUCGUCUUAGUUAAGAUAUAAAAAUCAUAUGUACCUCACAUUUGUAUAAAUAUACACCUUACCCGAAGUGAGAUUGCAGUGGUUCUAGUGAUUGUUGCGAAUGCAAGCAGUGUUGCCAAAUUUCAUCAGCCCACCUGCAAUCUCCCCUUAGCUAAGGUGUUUUCAUCUCUCUCACUUAUCCAGGACCCAGGUGUUCCCGAGUUCUCGGUAGACCACAUGUCGACUCAGACGCUGACUCAACAUGGAGAUUUGACAAUGACUCAGAAUGUUGAGUCAGUACCAAACCUCAGCUGCUUUGUUCAGCCAACAAAAUGGUUAUUCAUAGUUAUGAAAUGAAAUGAAAUGAAAUGAAAUAAUAUUUUAUUUCCCAUUAAUUAUUUACAGACAAGUACAUUGUAUUUUUUCUUUUCUUAAAUAUGAAACAGCAAAAUAUUACUAACUAGAUAACAAAACAAAAAUUAUAUACUGUAGAAAUAAGUAAAUAAAAGUGUAAAGAAAAUACAUUCUAUAAGAAAGGAAAAAGUCUACAUAGGCAGGGCCUGUGCGUAGACUCGAGUUGCGAAAAGAUUAAUUUAUAUGGGAAGUAAAAAAUAUAUAGGAGAAAAAAAAUCGUAUAGUUUAAACCUUUUUUUUAUUUGUCUUGCUUGAAGCUGAAUUUUUAGUGUUCUGGAAUAAAUUGACGGUAAAAAAAAAAAACUCUUUGUGCAAACAGAGGUAAUUUAUAAUAUCUGGUGAAGAUUGAAGAGGAGAGGUGGGGUGUAGUGUAUUAGUCAGUCAGUGAAAUUGGUGUAUCAGUGAUUGUGUAGGGUCAACGGUCAGGUCCGCCCAACGCGAUAACGGCCUCGGUGUCCUCUGUACUCAGACCAACAAGCCACCCCACAACAUGCUUCUUAAAUAGAGAGAGAGAGGGUGAAUUUAGAAUGUUGACAUUUUGAUAUCUGUUACACAUGUUACGAUAAAUGAUUUGGGUUAAGUGAAAGCAAUUCGUAUUUGAAAAUGAUUUGAAAGUUUGUGGAACACUUACACCAACAUUUCGAGAAAAGCGCGUAUUGUGGGGAUGAGUAAUUUUUACAAAAAUAUUAUCAAAGUUUUUGUACAUGUGAACUAAAAUAUGCAACGAUACAUCUGUUCAUUUCAUGUUUCUGUUUAUACCUUUUUUCAAAUUCACCUUUUUCCGUCCUAAUCUCUCUAGCUGUUCUUUUGUUCAAAUUGUAAAUUUAUUUUUUACAGUUAUCUAUGUUAUACUCCUUUUGCCUAUGUUAUAGGAAUGUAGCAUUUCAUAACGUUGCUUUCUUACAGUUUAGUAGUACUAUACCACAAAAUAAUAUUAACAAAAAAAAAACCUUCUAAUACAGUAAACUCUCACUCGUAUACUUUUAAUAAAAGUGUACAUUUGACAUUUUACUGUUCUGGAAAUCCCAAUCAAUUACCUAAAUUUAAAUUAAUUUUGACUCAAAAAAGAUAUUUUACAAUAAUAAUUUCCUCUAUUGAGUUAUCUGGAGUUUUGGUUCCUUGUGUGUUAACAUUUCAGACAAAGUAUUUUGUAAACUAUUUGUUCUAGAAUAUUAACUUUAUUUUGUAUUCGUUCCACUUAUAUUUUAUAGUUCUUUUUUGUUUUAAUCUUAUACUAAGCACAAAGCCCUUAAUAUUAAGAAUUUCAGUAGUCUAUACAAAAUAGUUUGUAAUAUGAAAUUUACAAUAUUUUUUUAUUAUAAAUCACGUAUAACUAACAGUUUAUAUAUUUCAUCACUCUCGUGCCUUUUAAUAUUGUACGUAAGUUAGUGAACGUAGUUAGGUACGUACGUACACAGGUUGUACGUACAUGUAUGUUUAUGUACAUUGUUUGUGUUCUAGUCUAAGGUCCGAUCUCAGUUCACCACAGAUUGUGGCCUGUUGUGUGUUUAUAUGUUCUAUCUUGUGUUACUACAAUCACAAAUAAAUGUUCAUUACUUUUGAAA